GUGCGCAGGGAAAGAGCAAGAGCAGCGGAGCAGUCCCUUACUCCUGCUUUGCCGAUAUCGUGAAAACCCCACGCCAAAAACGAAAAACGAACUCCAUAUCGCCGCGACGGCCAUCUUCACUGCCGGACGGCCAGGACAGGACGGCGCACGGCGGCUGCAGGCUGCUACUCUAAAUCCUCUAAUUUCUCUUUGUCAUCAAACAAGCUAAAAGCUAUCCCUCUUAAUAAGAAGAUACUUUUGAAGUUUUGAGAAGAGGAGAUUUAGGGUUUUUUCGUAACAUCAAAAAGGAGAAGUGCUGCCUAAGUCAAUAAAGGCAUAAGUGGUUAAGAGCCAAGAAGAAGAGAUCGGGGACUGGGAACUAGGGAGUCGCCUGCUACUCUGCUUCCGCGAGCGAGGGUCAAGGAGGGCCAUACCUGCGACUUUGUCUUCUUCGUGGAGUUGUUCGUCUGCUUCCUACGACUCUACGAGGCUGCGACUUGGCUUGGCUAUACGACUUUGCUCAACGAAUCGUCGAUGGAGAACAUAUAUGACCCAAUUGCCAACAUACCAGUCAUGGAAACAAAUGAAACAGGAUCCAUAGCUGAUAUGGAACAUUACAAGUGCACUGUUGAUGAUUUGUCUGUAAAGAUUGAUCAGCUUGAGCAGAGAUUUGCUGAAGUUGAACAGUUCUACUCAAGUGUGAGUAAAAAGCAGUCAAACACGCCAAGAGGGGGUAGCUCAGGUCAGAAGGAUUUUGAAAAAGAGAAGCAGAUAGCUAACUUUAAAAGGCGGCAGCAAGAUGCAUCACAUCCGGAGGCUGCUGCUACCAAGAGGAUGCAAGAGCUUAUUCGUCAAUUUGGCACAAUAUUACGCCAAAUCACUCAGCACAAAUGGGCAGGGCCUUUUAUGCAGCCGGUUGACGUUGUUGGUCUUGGUUUGCACGACUACUAUGAGGUUAUUGAGAAGCCAAUGGAUUUUAGCACAAUUAAAAACAAAAUGGAGGUCAAGGAUGGUACAGGAUAUAAACAUGUCAGAGAGAUAUGUGCAGAUGUUCGGCUGAUAUUUAAAAAUGCAAUGAGAUACAAUGAGGAAAGGGAUGAUGUUCAUGUGAUGGCGAAAACCUUACUGGGAAAGUUUGAGGACAAAUGGCUGCAACUUUUGCCAAAAGUUGAUGAAGAGGAAGAAACGAGAAAGAAAGAGGAGGAAGAGGCUCAAUUAGAUAUGAAACUUGCUCAAGAGGCUGCUCAUGCUAAGAUGGCCAAGGAAUUAAGUAUAGAGCUUGAUGAUAUUGACAUGCACCUGGAAGAACUUAGAGAGGCGGUGCUUCAGAAAUGCAGAAAGAUAACUGUUGAAGAGAAGAAAAGACUUGGCGAAGCUCUCACUAAGCUUUCCUCAGAAGAUCUCAACAAGGCAUUAUUAAUUGUUGCACAGAAUGAUCCCAGCUUCUCCAUAGCUGAUGAGGAAGUAGAGCUUGACAUUAGUACCCAGAGCGAGUCUACCUUAUGGAAAUUGAAGUUUUUUGUGCAAGAUGUGUUGGAGGCUCAAGGAAAGAUAACCGGUGCUACAGAAGCAAACAACAAUAAAAGCAACACUGUUAACCAAGCAAACAACAAGCGCAAAAGAGAGACCAACGAGGCCCUUGUCAAAACAUCACAAAAAAAGUGUAAGAAGCCUUGAUCUGAAGAAGCAUAUAUGUAUACAGCGCUCCCCUACAUAGGAAUGAUGAAGAAGAAGCGUUUUGGCCUUGGCAAGUAGACAUCAUAGGAAAUGAGCAUACAGCCUUGACAUGCUCAAGACAGAGCAAGUAAAAUGAUGGCAUCAACAUCUUCUAUAGUAUUUCAAUUGGUUUCAGUCAUGGUUGUAGACUUGUAGUAUUGAUCCAUCCAUGUAAAUAUUGUCAUAUUAGUUGAUUCAGAUUUGUUGCUCUCCGCUUUUAUAAUAGCUGUUUGUUUUAUCCCUCUCACCAAGUCAAUCUAAUUCUAUAAUUUUAAAAUUUGGGUUGGGACACCCUAUGAAU